CUACAACUGUGCCGGCAAGCGCCAUUGGGAAGCUGUCAAGCACAUCAUCCGGUACCUCAGGGAGACAGCGACAAGAGCGUUGACCUUCAGAAGACCAGCAGACGAGAGCGUGAAGAUCCUCGCCUACGCUGAUUCCAGCCAUGCUGACCUGGAGAAUGACAGGAGCACGGGAGGCUACGUGAUCUACCUUUGCGGCAAUCCCGUCGCCUGGCGGUGCAAGAACCAGCCAAUCGUCGCGGCGAGUGUGCACGUGAGAUUGUUCAUACCCAGCAGCAGGCAUUCAGCACCGACUCGGAGAGAACGACAAUCCUGGUGGACAACAGAGGAGCACAGUCAGUCUCCUACAACACAGAGAUGUCUGAUAGGACCAAGGCCAUCCGCGUAUCACCUGGUGCGUGAGAAGGUCGAGGCGGGCGAGGUGGAGGUUGGUUGGAUCCCAUCCGCUGAGAAUGUGGCAGAUGUGCUCACCAAGAACCUGCCUGCAGGCAAGCACACACCAGUGACAAUCUGUCACUACUCACGAGGAUGGAUGGAUGUGAAAUCUGAUGAGGAAUCCGAUAUGGAUACAUGAGGGGAGGCAGCAGGUCUGAUGUAGAUCUGCCAGAUGGCAUCACUCUAGGCUUCGUAGAGGGUGUUGAGUGAGAGGGGGUGUCGAAGGACCGAGCUGAGCCUGCUACGGGAAACGAGCAGCAGAGCCUGCCGGAAUUCC